GUUUGACAUGGACGACGGGUCAGAUCUCACCAUGUGCCUCUGAUUCACACCAUUUUGAACUGAAUAACCCAUGAAAAGUAUAGAACUGUCAUUGUGAUCACCUAUAGACUCGCUGGGUUGCUGCAUGAUCGCAUCGCCCGUUCACGAUUGCGAUUACAGCGUACUACUACUAUACAUAUUGCGCAGCACGCAUAUCUUAGGCAUUUGUCAAGCCCCAGACACCUGAUGAAUCUACUUCGGUUUAUAUUCAACAAAGCUAUAUCCAGCUUACCCUAGUCUCGGCCACUCUGACGGCUGCCAAGCGACCAUGAAUAGAGAAAUUCCUGGAUUCUACUAUGAUCCCGAAAAGAAAAAGUAUUUCAAGAUUGAGGCGAGCCAUAAAUCCGCCCCAGGAUCUAAUUACUCCAAAGAUGCCGUCAAACGGAAACGUAAAGAACACGAGAAACGCCAGAGAAAAAUCCUCAUUACCCAGAGGACUGCCAAAGAGAAGAUCAAAAAAGCCGCCUUUUUGGAACAUCCGUUCAUCGGAGCCAUACGCGAACUGGGCUAUCAGCCCUCGUCCAAUGGCUUCCGACUGGAGCAGCGGGGCUUGAUCUACGCCAGCCAGUUCCGUCGGAAUCGAGUGCACCAGUUUGAGCCGUGGCCAGAUGAUGAGUACUCCAUCAAACAUCUGCUGCGAAACAGACGCUCCGGGGUCCUGAUUGCUAGUGGCCACCGUGGUGGUGAAUCUUCAGUCUCGGUAUGCUUUCCAGACUGUGACCAAGGCAAAUGGACCUACAACCGGACCAUGGAACGGGUCCUCUUCAAAGAGCCAUACAGGAUCUCAUCGAUAUCAUUAAGCCAUACCGGCUAUCUGCUAGCCACAAUGGACAGUGGCCCGCGGGGCGACUCGUUCCUAGCACCACGAAUGCUUCCCGACCCCGACGACGCCGGGGAUUAUCGCUGGCCUUCUUCUUCAUUCUACUCAACUCGCAUCGCCCUCACCCCAUCUCUCUGGUGUUCAGCCGCCUGCCCAGAGGGAACCACUCCCCGAUUCGCAGUCGGCACAUCGCAAGGCCUACACACGAUCGAAGGAUUCGCAAGUUACUGGUCACUUUCCAAGAAACCCUUCGCCAACGACGUAGUGACAGGAAAACCAAUCACCCACCGCAAGAUGGACUCCUCCCACGCCCUUGUCACCAGCGUCGAAUGGCUCUCCUCGGACGUGAUCGCAGGAGGUCUCCUAGACUCCACAGUCUUUCUGCACGACCUCCGCAGCGGAGGCACAGCAACCCGACUACAGCAUACGCACGCCGUCUCAAAGAUUCGGAAAGUCGACCCGUAUCGAAUUGUCGUAGCAGGCUUGAACUCGCUCAAAAUGUACGACAUCCGCUACCCACCCAACGGCCUCCAACGCAACCCCAAACCAAACAGCAAACAACACACCUCCACAAAACCCUACCUCUCUUUCCCAGACUACUCCCCCACCAGCACCCCCGACUUCGACAUCUGUCCCGAUCUUAGCCUCCUCGCCAGCGCAUCCGACGACAACCGCAUCCAACUCUUCUCCCUAACGACAGGCGAGCAGAUCGCCUCUCCCAUCUCCAAAUACCAAUACUCGCAACCCAUCUCGUCUAUCUGCUUUGAGCCCGGCGAUGGGUGUCUGAAGGGUCCGCAGACGCCGAGUUUACUGGUGUGUUCGCAGGCUACUGUUGAUGAGUGGAAUUGGUGAUUGGAAUUCGUAUCUGAAAUGUAAAUAGGUAGAUAGGCAUGGGAAAUCUAUUACUCUAUAUCCUGGGAGAGGAG